UUGUCUGGCUCUCUCCGGCGAUCCCCUCUUGGCGUUGGUGGUGCGCCUGAGCCUCCGACUGCUGCCACCCCGGCCGAUGCCGGCCGCCCCAGGAUCCGCCGAUCUCCGGGGAGGCUCCGCCUCAACUUGAAUUGGAAGGAGAACUCGCCGGUGGUCUACGACCUCGUCAUCUCUCAUCUGCUGGAGUUUCUCUUGCUCACCAUCCAGUGGCGUCCGUCGGAGUCCCAGGCCGCCCCCCGUUCCCACGAGAUCGUUUAAAGCUCCCUGAACCACCGCAUGCUCGUGGUCGCCGUCCUUCCGCUUCCGGUAGUGGAUGCGCAACUUGUGUUUGAGGCUCACGAGGAUUUGGUUGAUGACGUUGUUUGGCACCGGAAAGAUGAGAAUUGACAACCUAUUUGGAUUUGUUGUUGGUGACUACAAGCUCAUGAUUUGGGAUUUGCGUACAAACAAACUAGAUAAUCUGUCGCUGCACACUAAAAGGAACUAAUAGUUCUGUCUUCCUCCUCUCCUCCGGGGCUGCGCUGGGACGCGGUGGACUGGAGUGGGGGGUGGAACCACGGCGACACGGCUGCGCUGGCGACCAAGCAAAGUCGGCCAGGCUAGGGUUAGUCGUGGGGGCUCAAGCAGGUGCAGGGCAGCGUCGAGAAGAACGGAAAACGGAGGAGGAGGUUGAGGCGGAGCCUCGACAGAGAGCGACGGCGCCAGGGACGGUCGGCAUCGGCCGGGGCGGCAGCAGUCAGCGGCUCGAGCGCAUCGUCAAGAGGGAAUUGCUGGAGAGAGCCAGGGAAGGGGAUGGCCGUUUUGUAAAAUUGCCCUCCUCUAGGAGGGUAUUCUUAUCUCCUUGUUAAAUUACCUGCUAGUGGGUCCCACUCAGCGCCACGUCAACAAAUACAACACCACGUCUUGAGCGGUGACCGCGUGUGAAGCUUCGAUGCGUAUUCAAUGACCGUAAAUUUGUAUUCUGUUUGUACAAUGACCAAAGUGAUUUUGCUUGACAAGUUCCAUGACUACUAAUGGAUUUAACUCUUUUUAUUGCGAAUGAUUUGAGAAUUCUUUGCAUAAUCCGUUGCGUACCACAAACCAUGACACAACAACAACGACCGAUGGCUCAAUUGCCCCCGGGCUUCUCCGGCAUUUCUCCUGCUCCACCGAGCCGGUUAUUCCCUCCAUCUCUGCCCCGGCUGCCGCCGCCGCCGCCGGCACAACCGCUGCCCAAUCAUAAACCAUCGACUUCUCAAGGCAAGAUCACCGUCGGCAUCAUCAUCGCCACCUUGACGUUCUUGCUCGUAUUCACAGCCGUGUGGGCUCUAUGCAGGGAGUACCGCCGCCGCCGCGCUCGCGCCGCGGCCACAGUAGCAAACACGGCGGUGCGGCUCUCUCCGGAACAUGGAAGCCCGGCCGUCCAAGAGCGGCCGCUUCGCCAGGCCUACGCCGCAAACCCGGCGGCCGUCCUCCCGGCGUUCAUGUACAGCCGGUCCGUGAAGCACAACUUGGCAGGCGGAGGGGAGGAGGCGGCGACGUGCUCUGUGUGCCUCGAGGAGUUGCAGCUCGGCGAGGCGGUGCGGUUGCUGCCGGCGUGCCUGCACCUGUACCACGCCCAGUGCAUCGACGCGUGGCUGGACGCCCACUCGACGUGCCCGCUCUGCCGCUCGGACACCGAUCGUUCCGACACCGAUCCGGCCACGCAUCCCGUUUUCUUUUUAGCCUGGCUACGUGUAUAGUACUGGGACCCAUGGGUGCAUAGUUCCUCCUAGUUCUUUUGGCCUUUGUUGUUCAAGCCUCACUAGUUCUUUCUCAGAUCUGACCCUCAAACUGGUGUCUGUUUAUGAGUUUUUCUGUGACCGGGUAAUGAAACUGCAUGUAAAGAAGUUAUAGUACAUGUUGACGAGUAAUUUUUCGAUUUUGUAUU